CACCUCUCGCUUGCCGUAUUUCCUUCCGCCGCUGUUGACACAUGAAUGAUUGCUAACUGGACGCUUUGCCUUGGAUACCCUCACAAAUCAAUUUUAAUAAGAGAUCAAGUUAAAAAAAUAAUCAGCCCUCGAAUGGAUACUUCUGAGGAGUCGUCACGGAUCAGAUAGCAUCAAAUACGACGCCAUUCGCCGCCAGAAACAGGCCAAAGAAGCUGAAAUCACACAAGACAACUGUGACCCAGCCAUGUACAAAGACUACACAGCGAGCAGAGCCACAAGUAAGAGGCCAGGCCCAGCCUGCGGAGCAGCGCGGACCGGAGCGAAGAAGGGACGACGAAUCGAGUCUCCAUCCCGGGAUUUAUUGACAGCAAGGGAACGGACGACCGCAUACAGAAAGAGGGGUGGAACACAAAAUCGCAUCUCGGAGCCGCUUUGGACAAUGUUUCUGUUGCAGUACACAGGACUCAAUGCUCUGCCCUUUGACGCGGCCGCCAACAACGACCCCCUGCACUUCAACAGCUCCAGCGGCUCACUGGUGACUGAGUGUCCACCUUUAGAAAACACGUCCGAAAACAGCAAGAAGAGGAAGCGAGCCAGCCUGCCUGCAGAGGGGAUUCAUAACAUGACCAUGGAGUCCAACUCAAUAUCGAUGCCCAUGUCAGACCCCAACGCAUGGGCCACCGCCAUGAACAACCUGGGAAUGCCUCCAAUGGGUAUCACCGGACAGCCUAUCAUGCCAGACUUCGACCCCAGCCUGGGGAUGAUGGCCGGAAUCACCCCCAUUAAUCCCUUGAUGCCCGCCCUCGGCAUGGUGCCCGCGCCCCUGUCGCAUGACGUGCCCGUCGUCAAGGAGAUUAUCCACUGCAAGAGCUGCACCCUCUUCCCCCCCAACCCCAAUCUCCCACCUCCAGCAACUAGAGAGCGCCCUCCAGGUUGUAAGACAGUGUUUGUCGGCGGCCUGCCUGAGAAUGCCAACGAACAGCUCAUCAUGGAAGUGUUCGGACAGUGCGGCGAUAUCACAGCCAUUCGUAAAAGCAAGAAGAACUUCUGCCAUAUUCGAUUCGCCGAGGAGUUCACAGUGGACAAGGCCCUCUUCUUGUCCGGUUAUCGCAUCCGUCUGGGCUCCAGUACAGACAAAAAAGACACGGGCCGCCUCCAUGUGGACUUCGCCCAGGCCCGGGAUGACCUCUAUGAGUGGGAAUGUCGCCAGCGCAUGAUGGCCAGAGAAGAGCGGCACCGGCGCAAGAUGGAGGAAGACCGCUUACGGCCGCCCUCGCCUCCCCCCAUUGUGCACUUCUCAGAGCACGAAUGCAGCCAGUUGGGCGACAAGAUUAAAGACGACAGCAAGUUUGCAGAGGCAGUGCGUGUACUUCUGACAUGGCUGGAGCGUGGCGAAGUCAACCGCCGCAACGCCAACAACUUCUACUCCAUGAUCCAGUCGUCCAACAGCCACAUUCGCCGCCUGAUGACGGAGAAGAGUCAGCACGAGAAAGAGAUGGAGGAGGCCAAAGACAAGUUCAAGACGGCGCUGUCGGGCAUACUUGCACAGUUUGAGCAGAUUGUGUCUGUAUUCCAAGCCGCUUCCAAACAAAAGGCAUGGGACCAUUUCUCCAAAGCGCAGCGCAAGAACCUGGAUGUGUGGCGCAAGCAAGCCGAGGAAAUUCGAAACAUGCACAACGAGCAGCUGAUGGGCAUCCGACGCGAGGAAGAGAUGGAGAUGUCUGACGACGACAUGGAGGAAUCAGCAGACAGCAAAGACUCUGAGGACUCGGGGGUGUUGCAAGCUGAGGCCUUGAAGGAAGAGAACGACUCGCUGCGCUGUCAGCUAGAUGCGUACCGGAACGAGGUGGAGCUGCUCAAGCAGGAGCAGGGCAAGAACCAGCCAAUCAGGAGCGAAGAGGACAGAAUGCACACUCAGCAGCUCAGCUUUCUGCAGCAGGCGCUGCAAGGCAUGCAGAAGCAAUUACUGAAGAUGCGCGAGGAGCUGAAGCAGCGGGAGUGCGAGCUGGAGAACAGUCUGGAGGACAAACAGCAGCUCAAGCACCAAGUCCACACCCUGAAGGAAGGACUGCAAACCUUGCAGAAGUCACAACUGGAACGAUCCAAACAAGACGACAGAGGUGGCGAAGAGGCUGCUAAUCAACCCAAUGAAAGUGCACCGUUGUCCUGCAGUCAGGAAAGGGAAGGUCCUACAGAGAGGAGAUCCCCAAGUCCCGUCCACUCAGAGAGAGAAGCCCUGCUCGUUGGGAUCAUCUCCACGUUCCUGCACGUACAUCCCUUUGGAGCCAGCAUCGAGUACAUCUGCUCCUACCUGCAGCGCCUUGACACCAAGAUCAACCCAACCGAGGUGGAAGCGCUCCUCUCCCGGCUGCCCUGCACCUUCAGGCAGGAGCUGACGGGCGUAGGCGCCAGUCUGGAGAAACGUUGGAACUUCUGCGGAUUCCAGGGCAUCAAGAGCACGUAAGGGUGCGCUCGUGGGGGGACCGCCAAAACCCUCCACGGGCGUCAAUACGCCAUCUGCGCGGUUACAAGAAUGUUUACUUGACAUGGCCGCUACUCUUCGGGAGUCGGAGCUGAGGAGUCACUGGAUUCGCACACAAGGGCGGCCCACGUGCGUUGGGCGUCAAAGCUUUCUGAGCCUUUUAGGCGGGGGCGAGCAGGACUACACAGGUGUUACCUGCCACGUCAUCAGGGUCAUACUCUGCAAACCUUCAAAACCCUAAUGGCAUCCACCCCGCCUUUUUUUUCCCCCUCCUGGUUUGUAACAUAGAUUAUGAAAAAAACAACAAAAGAAAUCAUAUAUUUCUUCAUCUUCUGUAAAGGCUGUGAAGCGUUGCAUUGAAUUGUUGUUAUAUGCUGUACAUGCUUGGAUUGUAUUUUUGAUUAUAAAAAUUGAAUUUUAAUAUGA